GGAAGAAAAACAAACAUGGCGACGUUUCCCGAGAAACGAAAGGCAAUAGUAUUCCGUAAUAUCGACUAUUGAAGGGUUAAAGCUAGGAGGAAGGGUAGAGAAUGAUCAUUUUUACCUUAUUUCGCUAUUUCUCGCUGUGGUUUGAUUACCAAUUUGUACUGACAAGAUAUUAGCGAAGAAUACCGAUCAAAUAUGGCCACUUAUGAGGACCAAACAGCGAGGGCGAGAGGAUCCCACGUUGUCAUCAAUGGCUGCAUCUUCGUGUCUUGAUGUUACAGAGAGUAUGCGCUCAACAAACGAUGGAUGCUGGGCAUCUCCACGAAACAGUCUACGUUUAAAUCAGACAUCUCCAAUUGAAAUACUGGCUGAAAACAAUAAUCGUUCAAAGAGCGUGAAAAGCAAAAGGCUGACUCACCCUAGCGAGAGCAUUUUCCUGUUAAGGGUAUUUCUCUUCACGGCGCACUGCGUUAUUAACACGAUCCUUUUCACUUUGUUUAUUUGUGUGGCAAUUCUUGUGGUUCCUGUGUGUUACUGUGUGAGGAAAACCCUUCUGAUUUGUAGCCUUCGGAACGACCGAGAUGGGAUGUUGAGGACAAUGUCCUCCUCGGACGCAAUGUGGCUCGUCAACUUGGCAAGUACGAAAAAUACUACAGCGGUAUCGAAUAUUUUCUUUACCUUUGAGGGUGUUAUAUCUGUGGAUGAAAUUCAAAAUUUUAUUUUAGAGAAAUUGCUUCUUCAAGGGCCACUGCGAAGUAAUAAUUUGCCAUUGGGUAAAUUCAAGCACGUUCCUGUUCGGAUAAUCAGCGGGUAUGGAUGGAAGGAAAUUAGCAAUUUAAAUAUCAGCGGCUAUAUUCUUGAAAGAAAAGAGAAAUCUUCAUUGAUGCCUGUCGAUUUAACAGGAAUUUCGGAGGUGCUAGACACCUGCAAUCUUGAAAAAUUAUGGAGAAUUCUAGUGUUCCCAAACUUUGAUGAAGGAGAUACAGGGGUACUCUUUCAAAUUCAUGAGAGCCUCGCUGACAUCUUUCCUAGCUCGAAGGUUGUUUUAGAAUCCCUUGAUUACAAGACGAUUUAUCUCAAGAAACAUUGUUUUCUUUUGGGACGACUAGCUACUUACUUUUGUGCCUGCUACAGGGGACCUUUUGUGAUUCUUAAAAGACUUCUUAUGAAGAAACAAAGAGAUUUUUCCUUGACACCAAGCCAAGAGGCCAGUGAUUCUUUUCACGUGUCCUGGUCUCGAGCUGUAGAUUUUAAAUCUGUCAAGCGGAUAAAGGAUAUUACUCGCACAAAAGGUAAGAAUUCUGUCAGUGUGCUUUGUUGGUGUUUGGUUCAAUAUUUAUCUAUUUCAUUCUAUAUUUCUCUCAGUAUAAUUACAGUACUGUACAUACACAGUGUGGACUUCUUGUCACGUUGCUUACCCUGGGCGAAACUCUGAUAUGAAUGGGACAGGUGUGCUCAUCUGAAAAGUAGAAUCAAACCCCAAAAGGAGACCAAUCUUGUUAUAGUUGAAGGCUUAUGCAGUUGUGGAUGGCCAUCCUGUAGUGUUGACCCCUAGGACAUACUUGGGCAUGGCACAGAAUUUGUUAACAUUAAAUGGCCAUAAUUUUUUAACACCAGAUGGGCAUUGGGGUCAGAUUGCUUUUGCACUUUUGUAGCAGGACCCCCCAAGGAAAGAUCUGUGGGAUUUGUAAUGCACAGUACCUUGUGAAGAAGGACUGGGAGAGAGAAUAGACCAUGGUGGGAAUCCCCACAGAAGACUGUGGGUCUGAGUUUACACAUUGCUUACUAACAAGUGGAUGAAAAUGUGUCACUUGCAUCUUAUUAAUUCGUUUUUACAAAAAUAAUUUCACGGCAUUCGCUUUUGCUUCACUUUCUUCUUGCAACUUAUCAGAAAUUUACAAUUGGGAAAUACUGCACGUUUAUUGCCACUAAAGGCUUCAUCUAAACGAAUUGUUGCUCCAGGGGGAGGGUGAUGGUAGCUUUUUGUGUAGCAAUGUUGUUCUUUGGUGAGGGAUUUGAAUAUGCCAUUGUACAAAUGCCCUAGGUACCCUUGCCGCUGAGAAGUGCCUUUAGUUUUGGACAUAUAAAGAAGAUAUUACACCAACACAGCACUAUAACAUUGAUCUUGUAUAUAGAUAUUUCUUUGCACAUAGUUCAUUGCACUAAACACCCUAAAGAAGACCUAAAUAAGCAAUUUGCCCCCCCUCCAAGCGAGACAGUGAAUCAUGAGUAUCCCUGUCUCUUUCAUAUACAAGUCCCUCCCCCAGGGUCCUUAAUGGGGAUGGGUGUAGGGGUAGAAUGCUAGUUUCACAUUUUCUUGGAACAUAGCAGUUUUUUAGCCAGGCUGGGCUGUAACGUGAUGCAGGGAAGCCCAGAGUUCUGAAACUAUGAAAUUCAUGUUUUCCCGCACAGAUGUUUCAUACCAAAGUUACAGUUUUUUAAAUUUUCUGCUGUUCUUAGGUAAACUGGGCUCUUCUAGAGCACAGCCCUGUUUUAGUUUUUUAAAAUUGUAAGACAAAACUUUUAAAAACCUUGUGAUAUAUAGGGUUAGCUAAGUGAUUUCCAUAAGAGAGGAUGAAGAAAGUGUUGUUUUUCAGGUAGCUUUUUCUCCCAUACAUGUGAAGGUUCAUUAGGGGUAAGGGGUAGUAAUUUAACUGCCUAAGUUGUGUUUUACACAUACUGGUAACUGUGAUGAUGUUUCGUCUUUCAUUUCUUGUGAUGAUCUUUCCCCCACUAAGUUCAAAUAUAUGAUGAAAUUCUUAUAUUCACUUUCCUAUAGGUAACUAUUUUGGGCUUAUAGUCAUCCAGUUGUAGAAUUUAAUUAGUUUCUCUUUUUUUGUGUUCAUGCAGGAUAAAAAAUACCAAUAACUACCUACAUACAAUAAUUAACAAUAAUUAUUCCAUGAUUGUCUACUGGAUAUGAGAUGGUAGAUAGCCAAUGAGGUGUUUAGCACUGAGUUGGCUAUAAUCACCUCCUAUCCAGCAAGCACGAGUGGAAUAAUAUUGUUUUAUUAAAGAUGCCUACAAAAUGUGGAGAAUUCUUUUCCACCUUAUUUGUAAAAACAGCUGAUUUUCAGCUUGUCUUUAAUUUUGAGCAGAUGCGUGCAGUUACCAUUUUUUGAGAGCAUGGUAUAUUGGCUCAUGUAAGAACUCUAGAAUAAUCUAAUCAGAACUCUAGAAUUGCCUUAUCCAAUGACUCAGUUUUUAAUAAAUGCAAAUAUAUAGUUUGCUUUACUGUUUUAUCACUGUAAAAGUCACCCUGUGAGCAGAGCCUCCUUUUGUCUUCUUCUUGAUCAAAGAGAAGAAAAGGAGGUUCUGCCUGAAUCAUGUCAAGCCUUUGAAGUCACUGCAUACUGAAAUUCUGGAAUUGUCGAUCUUGUUUUCUCUCAUCAAACUGGUUUUUCAAGUGCAGAGGCCAUCUGUUUAUUAAUAAUCCGAUAGUCAUAGCUGAGCCUGCUGCACCAAGUUUAAAGUAUUAGGCUUGGGUUUGAAUCUGUAUAAGAGCGACAUGCAGUGCCUAGUUAACAAAGGAUUUAAUUGAUUCAUGCUGUCUCUCGUCUGUGCCAAAAUUGAGUGAGGGGGGACGAAGGCUCCACUGGCAGGGUGUGUAAAAGUCAACACUGUGUUGUGUUCAUGUUUGUGUUCUUACAUCAAUGAAUUUAUGUUUUUAAUCAUGUUCGUAAUAGUACCAGUCACUUGCAAUGUAUAUAUGGAGUUAUUUGAUGUUACUCACUUGUUGUGGAAACUAAUUUAAUAUUUUACUUUGUUUAGUGACAGCCUGGGGGCAGGGGGGGGGCGUUCUGGCUCGUGAAAAGAGAAAGUUAUAUUAAAAAAAGUUGAGUUAGUUCUGUACUAUUAUGAUGUAUUAAAAUUCAGACUUGGCUGUGAGGCUUGGGGGAAUAAGAUAGAAGAAAUUACCUUGAGAGUCACCGGGAACAAUACAGUAAAAACUCGCAUAAAAGAACACUUGUUUUGGGGCUUCAGGCUGAUUUUGUUCAUGCUCUUUAAGGUGGUCUUAAAAUUGUUUCUAAAUCAAAUACUGCAUAGACAUACCAACAGAUGAAAUCAUUUAAUGUGCAAGCACAACGUUUUAAUAAGCAAUUAUUGGAUGAGGUUGAGCAUGAUAUCAUGUACAAGCCUUCGGCUUCGGCAGAUAACACAGACACGAGGUUUUAAUAAUUCAUGAUAUCAUGCAAAAACCAAAUUCAAUAAUUGUUUUAUUAUACAUUUUUCGACAUAAUUCAUCCUCAGAAACAGAAGGGAAGCGUCCAGCCAUUCUGUUUCUGAGGAGAACACUCCGAGGGGCUUGGUAACCAGGCAGGCGUUGAACUUGACAUGAUAAAUGCAAUAUCUGCAGCAGAUAUUGCAUUUAUCAUGUCAAGUUCACAAGCUAUUGUGAAUUGAUUGAAUGCUCUCGACCAAUCAGAUUUUUCAUAGUGAGUGUGAUGUAUAAUGAUUAUAGUUAAUGAAUGGAAAUAACCUUAACUGCAUCAAUCAAGGCAAUAAUAUUACAUUGGGGGAGGGGUAGCAGUUCUGGUGAUAAACGACUCGAAACUCAGCAAAAGUCAGCAAAUUCAAAAUGCACCAGCUCCCCCUCCCUCUUUCUAUGUAACUAUUGAUCUACUUAGUACUGUACCCUAGUAGGUUAUUCUAAUCUAACUGGCAGCCAAUUUUUUUUUUAUAUAUAUUAAGAACAAUUUUCAUUUUUCAGGCUGAACAAGUUCUUAUGAAUAUGCUACUUUUUUAACCAAAUCUCAGCCUGAGUGUUCUUAAUCCACUUGUUCUUUUAUGCGGGUUUUUUACUGUAUAUUUAUUUUGUUUAAUUUUCCCAAGCCUAAGAGCAAUUGUGGUUAAAUAUUUUGAAAAAAAUUGGUCUAUUGAAUUACAGUUGUGAUUAAGGAUCUUGUUUUCUGAUUUAGUGGAGACUGUUCUUCUUUCCUGUGUUGCUGGUGCAAUUCGUUCGUAUCUACAGAAGCAUAAAUAUCAGGACCCCGAUGACAUUCUUGUCUGUAUAAGAACUGACAUUAGACCACAACAUACCAAACUGAACCUGGAUAACAAGUCUUCCCUGGCUUUUGUCAAACUUCCAGUAGGAACAGAAGGUAUGAUACUGUUGGUAAUUCAGUGGCUAGUUUAAAGGAAAAUUACAUUUUACUCAUUAAAGUGUGGUGUGUCAUAAAGUGCAAUUAGGUUUACAUACCAAGAGUGUGAAAGUCAUUUAACAUUACCUGACUGUGCAAGACACCACAAGUGGAUUACAAAAUGGUUGCAAAACAAAUUGAAUCUUAAGCUACGUGCGAACGGACGUAACACGAACUCCCAACAUCGUUGGCCCGAAAAUGUUGAGAGUUGUUGCAUCUGUGUUGGCAGUGGUCUGCAAACAGAUGCAAGAACUCCCAACAACACGUAACAACAUGCAACAAAAUGCAACAGGGUGUGCAAACGGACGCAACAUUUAACAUCCCAUUUUUUGGUUUACUUGCUUAGCAGCCAUUCAAUAAUCUUGAGAAAGUGCACCCCGGGAUGGCGGGGUUGUAAGAUUGCUUGUAACCGCGGGUUAUUCCUCCACCCCACCGAGCGAGUUACCACACCUACCUUUGGUCCGAGUUUGCCUAAUGGUCGUGGGUCGUGGGUCGUGGGUCGUGGGUCGUGGGUCGUGGGUCGUGGGUACAAGUUGUGGGUCGUGGGUGUGGGUGUGGGUGUCGAUAAAAGUCGUGGGUGUGACGUUCUUCCGUUGUUAGUGAAAUAAGUUUAGCUUUCGCAAGACCCUUUUGAAAGCGUUUUUGACCAGUUUAUGGUGGAGACAGAGUUUGACAGCUUUCCUAUGUCAUCUUUAUAUUUGAAGACAAAAAUUAGUUCAACGUUAUUUCUUUUUCUUUCGAUUGCUCCUGUACCCACCGCCACCCCCUGCGCUGGCGGUCGAUGAUCUCUGGUAGAGUAACAGAGUAGGGGAAGUGUUGUAUAAUUUUCAUACAUCGUGUUAUGUUCGUUUUGUUGUCGAGUAUUUAAAAAAAAUCCAAAACUUGUAAUAUUUUAAUUUAUUAAUAUUUAACAAAAAUUAGUAACAUUGUUAAUUAUUAUUACCCACACCCACGACUUUUACCCACACCCACACCCACAACCCACGACUUGUACCCACGACCCACGACCCACGACUAUUAGAAACAGGCUAGAAACAGGCUCUUAACCUGUUUUAGACCGCGAGCGGUCGUCCUUCUUUCUUCAGAACCGCGCACGCGAAAAGGUAAAAAUUUUUAUGCAAAUUAAUUGUAAAAAGGAGGAGAGUUUAAGACGGAGGGACGAAGAAGCUAGGACUUCCGCCGUUGUUCCUCACGGCUUCACCGCUCGCCAUUCAUGCGUGCCCUCGAUCUACUGUGACUCGUAGCAACUGCAAAAGAAAAAUAAGUGACGUGACUGCUUGCAGACUAAUCUGUUUAGGUAUGAGUUAAAACCAGGCCGCUAUUAACCAACCUGCCUUACGCACAUCAUAAAAAUCUUUAGUAAGAUACAGCGCGGCCGGUUACUUAACCCCAAACUGUCUUGAAAUUUUUAAUUGACCACUGAGUACACCCUCAAACGCCGGUUCACGUUCACAAGAAGGCCGAACAUAAAUUUUCAAUUCAAAUGUCAUUUUUUUUGCGCAAACAAAGUGAGGGAGUUUGUAAACAUCUUGUAAAACUGUGUUUGUCAUGAUUUGGCUUUUGUAAUCGUAUUCUCUGAAGAAAAAUUUCCAGUCAAUUUGCUUUCUCACGUUGGGAACUUUCCUUUGACUUCCUUGUUGUUUAUUGUUUAUUGUUUUGUUUGCCAAAAAUUGUACAAAUCAAAUAAAAUCUAAUUACUUAAACUCUCAUGGCGAGGAAGCCCAAGAGAAGCCACCGGGCUUAUAAGGAAUGGGCUCCCUCAGUUUUAUUAUUAUUAUUAUUAUUAUUAUUAUUAUUAUUAUUCCUACUGCAUUUCUGAUACCUAUCUCGCAAUAUGUAACUGCCAAAUAGCAUUUUGGUAAGUUAGAACAACCCGUACAUGUGAAAAUCUUGUACUUUCUAUUUACGAGUGAAGAUGGGUCUAUUUUGUCAGAUUUGAUGACAUCCUUUCAGACCAACGGUACAGACUCUUUCAGCUCCCGGGUCAUGUGAUUGCAUUGCAUUAAGAACUAGCAAGACGUAAAUCGGAAAGCUGCUUCUUCGUCCUUCCCAUCACGUCCCGCAACCGUUAUCACUUGCCCAACGCCUUCACGCUUUCCACAACAGAUAACUAGAGAUUGUUUACGAGUCUUUCAACGGUACGAAAUCUACUUUGCGAAGUAACGAUUACCUAUCGAAAGUACGAGAAGAGGUUUUGCUCCGAAUUGCGUGAAAUCGUGAACGGAUAUUCCACCUUUUCUCAAACCUAUCUUCUGUUGAGUCACUAGCUUAUUCUUACCUGUGUUAACCAGUGACUGAUAAUAAAGCCGUCAGAACGCAGGUCAACACUUGUGAAGUCUGGAACAGUUGACAAUCAGUUACGUCCGUUACCACUUUCAUUUUUAAGCGCGCAUGGGCAUUAGUAGAAGUCCCAACGUAACUUCCCAUGUCAUAUGAAAAACGUACCUGAUUAAGCGGAUAACUCUAGCGGAGGGUCCCUCGAGGGUAAGCGUGUACUUAUUUUAUUUCAACUUAAUCAUUUUGUAGGAGCUGUCCCUCGUCUUUGGGAAACCAGACGGAGAAUAGAUAAGUUUUCAUUUACUCUUGAGACGAUCAUCAUUUAUGGGUUCAUCAAGCUCUGUCUCCUACUUUUCCCUCUGUCUGUUGGUAGACGGAUCAUUAACUAUUUAACUGAAAAGGUCUCCUGUACGGUGACCCAAAUCCCAGGACCAAACACGCCUGUAUAUCUUAACGGCAAAAUGGCAAAGAUGAUGGCGUGCUGGGCUCCGAGAAAGACAGAAAAUGGUUUGUCAAUCUCUAUUACCAAUCACGGUGGACAGAUUCGCCUAGGCUUGGUUACUCAUCACUCGCCAAUUAGCGACUCUUCUGUGUUAUUGGCGGAGUUCGAGAGAGAAGUAGCCGACCUUGCUAGUCAUCUGGGGAAAAGAGCUCUGCCAUCUCAUUUGCGAUGGCGCUUAAAAGUCGAUCAACAAGUGAAUGAGGUUGCAGAAGAGAGAGAAGUCACAGGAGGAGAAACUGUUUAACAAUGUACGUAUCUUGACAAUGCGACUAGGUGCUGUAAGUGUACACUAUUUUUUUUUUUUGUCUUGAGCUUUCCGUUUUAUCUGUUCUUAUUACUAUUGACUGGAGUAAAGUGAUAUUUGAUGAAGGAAACAGGUGGAGGAAACAUUGAUAGGCGGCACAAUGUACGUUACAAUUUUCCGUAUGUUGUAUGCGCGCAAGCUCCGGAGGUCGAAGAGGAGGCGGGGGGUUUGAAUAUUUGGGUGAGGGUGUGCAAAUUUCCGGACUUUGCGCACUUUUCCUGAAUUUCCGAACCUUAUUUCAGAUCAAAUUACGUAAUUUUCCCUACCCUAUUCAAACCCGAUAAAGUGAUUUUCCCUUUCCUAUUUAAUACCGAGAUAUGAAAGUUCCCCCUCGCUAUUGUAGACCAAUAUAUGUGAUUUUCCCUACCUUUCUUUCAGACCUGAACCUCCGUACCUCCGUUCUAAGAGGUGAAAAACAUGUCUAAUUACAAACCCUGGUUCCAAAGUGUCUAAAAGGCAUACCUAUGUUAGACCCUAGUGGUUAAAAGUUGUACCCAAUUUUAAACCAGAAGGGCUCAAAACUCAUGCCCUUGCGCAGCACGCACAUUUAUACAUGUAAAGUGCAACCAAGAUGUAACAAGGGCCAAGGAACUAGCAAAGCCAAAGUGUGCCCAUAUAUUUGCUUUUGUUCGGCUAAAUUUCAUUUUCCUUUGGUACGUAUUAAAAAGUCCUAGCUUCCAAAACGCGGUAUAAAGUGUAAUUCGUAACUGCAAUUUGCUGUUGAACAGGUGUUUCCAAUGCCUACACCUGUUGCAAAUUUCCGUUAGAGCUGGUUAAAGUUUCCCAAGGUUUGGAGGGUCCACCCCUGAACCUUCUUAUUAGAAUAGAACUACGUCCCUAACUUAUUGAUUGACUCCUAGUCAUAUAUAUAUAUUUUUUGUUAAAGAAACUUCUCUCAGUUGUUGGAACGACUAAUUUGCCACCGAUCUUGCUAGGAUCUUUACUGUGGUACUUAUUUAAAAACGGUUUUGGGUAACACAUCGAUGCAUUGCCAGACGCUCUCCCUGAACAAUCAGUGUUCACUUGUAUGACCUCACAUUUGUUAAAAUAUGGGCGGAAUUGUUCUUAUCAGUAAAACUGUAUAUUAGCCGAACACCCUUUUAGUAGCGGCGCUGAUUAAAAUAAACCCCUUUUUAACACGAGGUCCCUGAUUUAAGCAAAUGAAUAAUUGCAUUUUUCUUGGAGUAAAAGGAUUCAGAAGGUAAAUAAUUAAGAGAAACCUUUGUAGGUCAGGUAAUUUAAGUGGACUAAUUGUCAAAUUAUUAAACUUUAAAUAACGUCAACUUGUGAUUGAAUAUAAUGCAAUGUAAAGUACUGUAUAAAAUGUAUAAUAGCAGAUUAGAAAAAUGUAGGGAUCAUUAUAAAGAGUAAAAAUGUUAAUUAUGCUUAAAAGUGAUUUGCUUUUAAAACACCUUAAGCCACGUGCAAACGGAUGCAACAACACGCAACAACAUGCAACAGGGUGUGUAAACGGACACAACAUAUAACAUCCAACCAUGUUGGGAGUUGCUGGCCAACAAUGUUGCGUUCGUUUGCACAGGGCUUUAGAAGUGUGAGAUGCAUACCUUAUUGCAAUAACGCUCAUACAAAAAUAAUAACUAAAAACAAAAAAAGCCAAAUAGGAAUAAGUUAGCCAUGUAAACUAUAUUUUGAUAUUCUCUAUUAAUAAUCCCACAAACAGUUAUACGGUAUGAUAUCAUACCUGCCUUAGAAUUCAGUGGAGUUGACAGGAAGUAAAUUUGUCACCUUAAAGGCGUCAUCUUCCGUCAGAAUACAGAUUGCUGAAUGUAGUGAACGGCCUAAUUUAUUCCUAUUCAGCUUUUUUUAAAUUCUCAUUUUUCAUUAAAUAGGACGAUGUUACUGCAUGUGUAAAAUAUUUCUUGUGAAUUUCUCAAAGCUAUAAGAAAUUCUUUGCUGGUAAAGGAUUGGCUUUGUACAAAACGGAGAAAGGUUAUUUAUGCAAACACCG